AUGCGCGCAAACGAUUCAAGUACCAUGCUUUUCGAGGGACGCCUCCCGCAACUCCGCGCAGCGGGUGCGACUAUACAGCGGGGAGGCAUGGCGGCGAGCGGGCCGCACUCGCGGUGGGCGGCGGUGGGCGCGUGGGCGGGCAAUGUGGGGAGCUCCGUGGCGCUGGUGAUGGUGAACAAGGUCAUCAUGUCGCGAUACGCCUUCCACUUCGCAACGACGCUGACGGCGCUGCACUUCGCCAUGACGGGCCUCGUGGGCUGGCUGGGAGGCAGCGCUCGCAAGGGCGCGCCCAGUGUGCCGCUGGGGGAGCUGCUGGCGUUCAGCGUUGUAGCGAAUGCGUCCAUAGUGGGGAUGAACUUCAGCCUCAUGCUCAACACCGUUGGGUUCUACCAAAUCGCGAAGCUGAGUGUGCUGCCCACGGUGUGUGUGCUGGAGUGGGCGCUGCACGGGCGGCACUACUCGCGCUCGGUGCUGGGCGCCAUCAUGAUUGUGCUGGCGGGCGUGGCGGUCUGCACCGUCACUGACGGCAUCGCCAUGCUGCACUCACGGCAUGCCAUCAACUCCAUGAGCCUGCUCUCCCUCACCGCGCCCACCCAAGCGGCGUCACUACUACUACUAGGCCCCUCCACAGACUCGCUGCUGCUGGGAGGCCAGUCCCUGUGGCACUCUCACUUCGGCACAGCUGCCUGGGCGUUCGUGCUGCUGUCAUGUGUGCUCGCCAUCUUCUGCAACCUCACCCAGUACCUCUGCAUCAACAUACUCUCUCCCACCUCCUUCCAGGCAUGUCCCCUCUAA